CCAAUGAAUGAAGACUAUUUUGGGUAUAAAUACUUGACAAUUGUUUAAGUUGGACAUCAAUCAGUUCAUAGUUUCAAUUAGAAGCAACACAACAAACCAAUCUUCAACAUGUUCAAAUACGCUGUUGUCAUGUUUGCCGUCAUCGCUUGUGCUGCUGCUAAGCCUGGAGUUCUCCUAAGCCAGCCAUUGGCUUAUGCUACUCCAGCGGCAGUUGUUGCUGCUCCUGCUCCAUAUGUGACAGCAACCAGCAGCCAAGUAAUUGCCCGCAACUACAAUGGAAUCGCAGCAGCUCCAGUGAUUGCUCCAGUUGCUACUCCGUUGGCUGCGCCAGUUGCUGCUCCAGUCAUUGCCAAGUAUGCUGCUACUCCAUUGGCUGCUCCAGUCAUUGCCAAGUACGCUGCCGCUCCUCUGGCUGCUCCCUUGGCUUACAGCGCUCCUUUGGCUACUCCUCUUGCCUACAGCGCUCCUUUGAGCUAUGCUGCUUCUGCACCACUUUUGCUCUAA